GAAUGGGUUGGACAUGGAAGAAGGAAUACUUGGAUGUAAUACUAGUCCCAAGUGGGUUACUGAUCAUGUUUGGCUAUCAUUUCUUGCUUCUACACAGACACUUCAGACGUCCCGACACCACGUCCAUGGGCCGUGACAACUUUUACAGGGGAGCUUGGGUUGACAAAAUGAUGCAGGUUGAAUGCAAGGACAGAAGCCAAGCUUUGACAGUGAUCAACAACAACAUUUCAGCAGCAUUUUCCCUCUCCUCAAUCUCCAUGGUUGUAAGCUCUCUAAUCGGGACAUGGUUCGUAGGCACAAGCACCUUCACAAGCACCCUCAUCUAUGGAGACACAAGCCAAUCAAUCAUUGCCUUCAAACACAUAAGUCUGCUCAUCUGCUUCCUGGUGGCUUUUGCUGCUUUUUUGCAAAGUGCCAGAUGCUACGUUCAUUCAAGUUUCCUCAUAACCAUGCCAAACACUGACGUUCCGAUGGCUCACGUCCGGAAGGCGGUGGUGUCCGGGAGUAAUUGCUGGUCGGUCGGAAUGCGUGCCCUGUACUUUGCCAUCACUUUGUUGCUAUGGGUUUUUGGUCCGAUUCCCAUGUUUGUUUGCUCUGUGGUUAUGGUGGUGAUGUUGUAUAACCUAGACUGGAAUACAACUCCGCUGCUUCCGUAUCAACCGGCGAUGGAAGGGCGUGACCUUUUGAAGAAGAUUAGUCAGGAAGUGACUGCUGUGGGUAGAGCUAUUGGUCAGGAAGUAACUGCAGUGGGUAGAGCUUUUGAGCACCAUGGGAGACCAUAGGGGAGUCAAAGCAGAACCUUCUCAGGUGAAGAACAAUGAGCCAGAGCCUACAACCACAAGAAUAAAGCAAGAGAGAUACCCACAUGUAUUUUCUCUAAUGGCAUGAAGUACCUGAGCCUCAAGCUUUUCUUGUUAGUUAUCUUGACUUUAGAACAGCUGUGCAGAUUGAAAACAGCAGAAUCUAACAUUACUUUUUUGCAGUUUCUGUUUGUGAUGUAUCGAUUGUAUGCAAACAGCAGAAUCAUGAGAAGGGACUUAAUGCCUAAACUGCCAUGUUGCUCUUGAAGGAUUGAGCGAGUUGAUUUAAUUAGUUGGAUUUGAGUGAAAAAAAACAUACCAAACAUUGUUCAAUGAUGUCAAAA